CCCCCUAGUGUCACCUGAGUGUAAUUUCCCUCCCAGUCCAAUGCUGUAGUUCUCCGCUGAGCGUUGGCAGAGUGAGCAGCUGUGGACAGCAGUGGUGCUGAAACGGGAGUGUGUGAGUAAUCCUACAAGCUAUUUUGCUAUUCAUGAACCUCUACACUCGAGUAGAGGAGGAUCGCGGAUCAUCUUGCACUCAAGUAUUUAUGGAGAGUGCUAUUGGUAUUACAAACAUCCAUAAGUAAGCCGGAGGUCUGCAAUUCUAUGCGCGGUCACGCUUUUCUCCGUCUGGCCACACCGUAUACAUGCCAUAAAUGCCUAGAAAAGCCAGGACUCCUCCAACUCCGAAUGUGAUGCAUCUGUACGACAGGAAAAUCACUCGGCUAAGAUGGGUAAUAAGCAGACGAUAUUUACUGAUGAACAGCUAGACGCCUACCAGGACUGCACAUUUUUUACCCGCAAGGAAAUCCUUCGGUUACAUGGAAGAUUCCAUGAACUGGCUCCACAUUUAGUUCCCAUGGAUUACACAAAUGACCCUGAUGUUAAAGUCCCUUUAAGCCUCAUAGUCAAUAUGCCAGAGCUGAAGGAAAAUCCUUUCCGUGACAGGAUUGUGGAAUCCUUCUCUGAGGAUGGCUUGGGGAACCUCAGCUUCAACGACUUUGUCGACAUGUUCUCAGUUCUGAGUGAAAUGGCCCCCCGAGAGUUAAAGGCCAUUUAUGCUUUUAAAAUAUAUGAUUUCAAUGUGGAUAAUUACAUCUGCAAGGAGGACCUUGAGAAGACACUGAACAAGCUGACGAAGGAGGAGCUGACACCCGAGGAGGUGAUCCUGGUGUGUGAGAAGGCGAUUGAAGAAGCUGACCUAGAUGGAGACAGCAAGCUCUCCUUCGCUGACUUUGAAAACAUGAUUUCCAGGGCUCCUGAUUUUUUAAGCACCUUCCAUAUACGAAUCUGAGCGGGCUUCUACUACAUCAACAGCGAUUCCUUGGAGUCCCUGACUACAACUUGAAUCCUUCUUGAAAAACGAUGGACACAUAUAUAGUGCAAAGCAGUGCCUGCCCUCUACAUCUCUGAAGAGUUUUCUCUUGGUCCUAUUUGAACAGUACUCACUUCUUGGGGAAGCUGGAUUUUGGAUCUCUUUGGCUAUAUUUGUUUUUUUCUAAAGGAAGCACACUUUAGAAUGAGGAAUGCUGAAAAAAAUGCAUGACUAUUAUCCCCUGCUGGAAAGAUUCCACAGUUGGCUAAGAUUCUCAGAGUGGAAGUAAUAACAAUGCCUGGAGGUUGAACAUCUGUGUGGGCAUUUCUCAUAUAACCAUGUGGUGUUUGAGGAAGACACCACUGGAAUAUGGACUUAAGGUGUUAUGCUUGUUCAUUUGUCUAUGGCACCACUGAUUCAGACAUCAGACACUCUCCUCCUGUUGUCUCCUCUUGUUUAAAAUUGAGAAAGAUGGACAAAACAAGGAAGAGCAAAAAGAUAGGAUGUAGAAAUUGCCAGGAGAGAGAGAGAGAGAGAGAGAGAGAGAGAGAGAGAGAGAGAGAGAGAGAGAGAGAGAGAGAGAGAGAGAGAGAGAGAGA